AACAGAUCCGCCACGGCGGGCCCAAAGCAGCUAGCUAUCGCAGACCACCAUCCUUGGGAGUCCGGAUUUCUCGGCGCCGCAGGACGAUAGUGUCGGACGCCCGCGCGCUCCGUCAUUUGCCUCAAUCGGCGGGGCCUGCUCAUAUGCCCUCGCUUUCCAGGGCCGAUCUGACUGCCUCUCGACUCUGCCCGUCUGUCUAUCCGUCUGUCACUUGUUUGUUGUCAGUUGGUCUCUAGUCACCAUGAAACAGGAAUACGAGCAGGAGGACGACGCGCAGCUCGCGGCCAUGGGCCACCAGCCCGAGCUGAAGCGCAACUUUUCCACGCUGUCUAUGCUGGGGCUGGCAUUUGCGGUACUAAAUUCUUGGACUGCGCUCUCUGCAAGUCUUUCAAUAAGUCUCACAUCCGGCGGCAGCACGAGCGUCGUAUGGGGUCUCGUGACGGCCGGCGUUUGCAACCUAUGCAUCGCGGCUUCGCUUGCGGAAUUUCUAUCGGCGUACCCGACGGCUGGUGGUCAGUAUCAUUGGGUCGCUGUCAUUUCUUGGCCCAAAUGGGUCGCGAUCCUGUCCUGGGUCACCGGCUGGAUAAACGUCGCCGGCUGGGUUGCACUCGUGGCUACCAAUGCCUUGCUCUCGAGCCAGCUCAUCGUUGGCGUCAUCUCAGCCCUGCAUCCGUCGUAUGAGCCGCAACGCUGGCACCAGUUCCUCAUCUACAUUGGACUGACACUGCUGUCCUUUGUCAUCAAUGCCUGCAUGAACUCCCUGCUCCCCCUCAUUUACCGGGGCGCCUUCAUCUGGUCCAUUGGCGGCUUCGUUGUCGUCUCCAUCACGGUGCUGGCCUGCGCUGCGCCCGAUUACAACUCGGCGUAUUUUGUCUUUUGCGAUUUCAUCAACCAGACAGGGUGGCCCGAUGGCGUUGCGUGGCUCCUGGGUCUCCUCCAAGGCGGUCUCGGUGUGACGGCAUUUGAUGCGGUGGCGCACAUGAUUGAAGAAAUCCCUGGCGCAUCCAGCGAAGGGCCCAAGAUCAUGAUUGUCUGCGUUGGCAUCGGCACCUUUACCGGCGCCAUCUUCUUGAUAGUGCUACUGUUCGUUUCGGGCAACAUCAGCGACGUGAUCACUUCGGCGGCUGGGCCCCUGCUGCAGAUUCUCAUCCACGCGACCAAAAGCAAUGCCGGGGCGAUCUGCCUCUUGAUGCUGCCACUCGUGUGCCUCGUCUUCGCGACCCUGAGCGUCAUGACCACAAGCAGCCGCAUGAUUUUCGCCUUUGCGAGAGACGGCGGCCUUCCGGCCUCGCGGUUCUUCGCCAAGGUCCAUCCGCGCCUGGGCCUACCGCUCAACGCCCUCAUCCUGACUUCCGGCGUGGUCAUCAUCUUUGGGCUCAUCUUUCUGGGCUCUACUAGCGCCUUCAACGCCAUCAUCGCCGGGUCUGUGGUCGCGCUUGACCUCUCUUACGCCAUGCCCAUUGCCGUCAAUUGCCUGCAGGGCCGCAACACAUUGCCCGAGAGGAAGUGGCGGUUGCCCAACUGGUUGGGGUGGACCGCCGACAUCAUCUCGCUCGCGUAUAUCUCGCUGACGACGGUGCUAUUCCUCUUCCCGCCAGGCCUGCCGGUGACUGGGACCAACAUGAACUACUGCGUCGUCGCGUUCGCCAUCAUUGUCAUCAUUUCCGUCAUCCAGUGGAUCGUGGAUGGACGGAAGAACUUCACCGGGCCGCGUGUCAACCUCGUACCUGCGGAGGGUGUCCACGAAGACUAGCUUGACGAAGGGCACAUACCGUCGUGCAACGGUGUCGGUCGGUUUUGAAUGCAGAUUCAGGGCCGAGAUUGGUAUCCAUGAAGGACUACCCCACAUCGAUUGAUGACGGACGAUGAACAACGCCGGGGGCGAGUCUGGUGAAACCAUGUGAGAAAUGCAGCGCCAGGUUGUCAGACGAGCCCCCCACGUGACUCUGGCAUUCGAGGGAAGGUGCGAAGGAAGUUCAUCCAAGUGCGUUCCGCGCGACACCGCUUCCAUAGGUAGCCUCCGUG